AUGCAUUGGUUCAGUAAUAUGGAUGCAACUUUCAAUACUGAAGCCAAAUCUAGUAAAAUAGGCCAAUUUAAUAACUAUGAGUAUGAAUCUACAUCGUUAUUCUUUCCAUCGAUGAUUAUAGGAGUUAAAAAGAUCUUAAGAUCAGAAAUCGCUUUAAAGGAGGCUUUGGAGUCACAAUUUGAAAACAGUACAUCACAAUCAACAUUUGAUAGACCAUCUAUUAGAAAAGAAUGUGCCUAUUGCGGUAAUGAUAGAAUGACUUAUGUUACACUUCAAACUCGUUCAGCAGAUGAAGGACAAACUGUAAUAUAUACCUGUACCCAAUGUACUAAAAAAGAGAUUGAAAAUACUUGA